UUGGAAUGACACGCAGGCAAAGGAACACACCCCUGUGUAGAAAUUGAAGUGUGAUGGUGACACUCUGACAGAAGCAGUCGACUAGAAUUUUCUUUCACAUGCAUGCAGAUUGGUGUAACCGUGUAACCUGAAAACCACAAUCCAUUCCUCACUCAGCUAUUUGUCACCUCAUCUUCUCUGGUAUUAAAAGGCUUGUACCAUACGUCAGCACGAUCUCCACAGCCAUCGGCAGCUCUCUGCACUGCACCUUCUGCAGCGUAUCGAGGCAAAAGAGGCAACCAGCAAUGGCGCCUUGGGUGUCCUUCCUGGAGAUCUCCCUCUCCUUCCUCUGCUUCGUGGUCUUCUACUACUUCCACAUCAGGUCCAAGCGGAAGAACCCCCUGAUCCCGCUGGACUGGCCCUUGGUGGGCAUGCUCCCCGCCCUCCUCGGCAACCUCCACCACCUCCACGAGUGGAUCACCUCCCUCCUCGUCGCCAGCCCGCUCAACUUCCUCUUCACGGGCCCGCCGCGCUCCGGCAUGCAGUUCUUCGUCACCGCCGACCCGGCCAACGUCCGCCACGUCUUCACCUCCAACUUCGCCAACUACCCCAAGGGCCCCGAUUUCGAGGAGAUCUUCGACAUCCUCGGCGGCGGCAUCUUCAACGCCGACGGCGAGUCGUGGCGCCGCCAGCGCGCCAAGGCGCAGCUGCUCAUGUCCGGCGCCCCGUUCCGGGCCUUCGUCUCCCGCUACAGCCGCGACAAGGUCGAGACCGCCCUGCUCCCGCUGCUCUCCCACUUCGCCGGCACCGGGGAGGCCUUCAACCUCCAGGACGUGUUCCUCAGGCUGACCUUCGACACGACGACGACGCUGGUGUUCGGCGUCGACCCCGGGUGCCUGUCCAUCGGCCUGCCGGACGUGCCGUUCGCGCGCGCCAUGGACGACGCGAUGCACGUGCUCCUGCUCCGCCACGUCGUCCCGAUGACGUGGUGGAAGCUGGCGAGACGGCUGAGGAUCGGGCACGAGCGGAAGAUGGAGACGGCCCGGCGCACCAUCGACCGGUUCGUCGCCGACACGAUCGCCAAGCGCCGGGCGGAGAAGGCGAGAGGCGGCGUCGAGGCCUCCGCGGACCUGCUCUCGUCGUACAUCGACGACGACGGCGAGGAGGGCGCCGGGGGCACCGUCGACGCGUUCCUGCGCGACACGACCAUCAACCUCAUGCUGGCCGGCCGCGACACGACUGGGUCGGCGCUGUCCUGGUUCUUCUACCUCCUGACGCAGAACCCGCGCGUGGUGGCCAAGAUCCUGGAGGAGCUCGAGACCGUCAAGCAGGGCACCUCCGCCGUCAUCGCCCCGGACGGCACGGUGACCUUCGACCCCGACGAGCUGGGGCGGCUCACGUACCUGCACGCGGCGCUGUGCGAGUCGCUCCGGCUGUACCCUCCCGUGCCGCAGGAGCUCAAGGAAGCCGCCGCCGCCGACGUGCUGCCGUGCGGGCACGAGGUGCGGGCCGGGGACAAGAUCCUGGUGUGGCUGUACGCGAUGGGGCGGAUGGAGGACGUGUGGGGCAGCGACUGCCGAGAGUUCCGGCCGGAGCGGUGGAUCUCGGCGGAGGACGGCCGGGUCCGGUACGUGCCGUCGUACAGGUUCAUGUCCUUCAACUCGGGGCCCCGGACCUGCCUCGGCAAGGACAUGGCGUUCGUGCAGCUCAAGGCCGCGGCUGCCGCGGUUGUGUGGAACUUCGAGGUGGAGGCGGUGCCCGGGCACGUCGUGGAGCCCAAGCUGUCCAUCAUACUCCACAUGAAGAACGGAUUCAUGGCGACCGUCAAGAGAAGGCGGCAGGCGGCCGCGCUUGCCUGAUGACCUGACAUCGAUCUGCGGUUGUCUGGAAGAUGAACAUGCCGUUCUCGAUCAGUUCUUAAGCACGUGUGUUGAUGGGCAUAAUGGCCGGCCAGUACGUACUUGAUCAGUAGCUUGUGACCACAAGGGCACCAGUCGGUACGUUAGCUGACGUGUGUGCUAGAAGGUGCAGGCACACGUAUACGUACUCUAUGUCUCCAUCUCGUGGUGUUGUGUACGUGUGCGUUCCGUCGAUCGUUGCUUAUCUAAAAGGCAGUGCUACGUGUAAGUGUUGUGUGCUAGGUUUCAAAUUGUGCGUCGUGUUACUCGUGUCACGCAUAUGGGGUGCCUUUUUGUGGAGCGGUGGGUGAAAGUGAAACCGUACGAAAUGCGAAAAGGAGACUGAAUGCGAGUGCAGGUGUGUUCAGAAUUCGGAU